UCCGAAAAGGUGCAGAGCCACCUGGACAGCCCCAAGUACCACCUCCACCAGACGCAGGCCCAGGCCCAGGCCCAGGCCCAGCAGGUGAAGCAGUACCUGACGCUAAGCUCCAAGCUUGCUGGUCAAGGACAGAGCCAAGGCCACGGGGCCGCCCACCCCCACACUCUCCCCCACAGCGGGCAAGGCCUGGGUGCCGUGGCAACCAUGCGGAAUGGACACCUGCCCCUCAAGGGAGAGGGCAGCACCCCAGGAAGCCCCGUCACUCUGCUCACCCUGGCAACCAGUAACCAUGACAGCGAGUUCCCAAUGGAUGAAGUUAUUGAUGACCUGAUCAGCCUGGAAUCCGGGUUCAAUGAGGGCUUGGACAGCAUGGAGCACAGCUUGAUCAUGCAGGGCAAUGUGUCGCUAAACGGAGGGAUGCUGGAUGUGUAUGGCGGUGAGCAAGAGCUCGACACCAGAGUGAUGGCCAAAGAGAGGCAGAAGAAAGACAACCACAACCUCAUUGAGCGAAGGAGGAGAUACAACAUCAACUACAGAAUCAAGGAGCUGGGGACGCUCAUCCCGAAGUCCAAUGACCCUGACAUGCGCUGGAACAAGGGGACCAUCCUGAAGGCGUCUGUGGAGUACAUCAAGUGGCUGCAGAAGGAGCAGCAGCACGCCAGAGAACUGGACAGCAGACAGAAGAAACUGGAGCAGGCCAACAGGCGCCUCCUACUACGCAUACAGGAGCUAGAGAUCCAGGCUCGUGCUCACGGCCUUCCCAACAUGACCACUGCCUUGGGCACCGUGGAGCUCUCCAACCAUCUCCUGAAACAGCAGCAGCACCAGCAGGGACCCCCACAGCCACAGCAGCCCCCCCUCUACUCAGACGAGCUGAACGGGGAAGCGGCAGCGGCGGCAGCAGAGUAUUUGCCCCGCAACCCCCUCAUGGCCGGGGCACCCCAGCCUGGGGAUGUGUCAACGACGUUCUCGGACCCGUUGUCACACUUCACAGACUUCUUCAGCGCGACCCUGAAGGAGGAGCAGCGUCUGGAGGAGAUGCUGCUGGACGACCCGCUCUCGCCGUUUGGCACUGACCCGCUGCUGUCCGCCGCGUCCCCUGACGCCUCCAAGGGUUCCAGCCGGCGUUCCAGCUUCAGCACCGACGAUGGCAGCAAUGACCUCUAAGCGCCUCAAUCGGCGCUAGAUAUGAACUGCGUGUCUGUGGAAUCCCUCCAGAAUUCCGUCACAUGCUAGUGUGCCCUGGUUUGUAUAGUGUCCACAGGCACAGGAUACAUGACUAGUUUGACAACUCCAUUGAUAUUGAUGAGAAACAGCAUUGGUACCCUAGGUAGUCUCCACAGGAACCCUUCCGAAAUCUGUCACUUCCCAGAGUGCCCUGGUUGUAAGGUACACCACAGACAAAUGUUACAUGACUACCUUAACAAACUACACUGAUAUCAAUGACAAGCACUAGUCUCCUAAUUCUACAAGUCCUCCAAGGGUUUCAGCCAUGAAUCCAGCUUCAGCACCACCGAAAGAAGCAACAAACCUUUAUGUGGUCGUCAAUGAGCUCUCCUGUCACCAAGGAAACCUUCCUCUGACCUUUGGGCCCCAGUGGGAAGAGCUAGAUAUCACCAGAGGUUAACAUACGGCCACCUUGACCCCCUGUAGUCACAAAUAGAAACUCUUAACCUCUGAAGGUCACCUUACACACAGGUUACCAGGCUGCCUUGAUAUACAGUACAAUGACAUCAAUGUCAAACGACAUAGACAAUGAAAACGACCCCUGGUUCACGCUUUUCCACAAUGGUAUGGGCCAGUGAUUAAUUGUUGCCAUGGUAACUCUCCUCUGACCACUGAACUUAGUUUAUCAUGUAAGGUGUCCAAAGGCACAGGUCACUACAAUGCCCUGAACUGACCUUGGCAGUGACGCCACGUGAGCACUGACCCCUACAGUGAACAUGUAAACCUUCCUGACCUCUAAAACACAGUGUGCCAUGUAAGGUCAAAACCUUACACAACCUUACCUUGCCCACAGGUGACCACACUGCCUUGACAGAUGAUAUGUUCAAUACAAGCGAGCACAAAAAACAAAAGACGGAGUUCUUCUGAAGCCCUUUUUAACUACUAUUGACGAGGACAGACAGAAGAAAUGACACAUGAAGAGAGAAAAAAAGACAGAAUCUUCCCCUUUAUCCUCCCAGAUUUUACCACCGUCCAUUGAAAAUGCAUUAAAAACAAAACAAAAAGGGAGAAUGUAAUAAUGGGAAGAACUGUGUGCCAGAGACACACACACAGAGUAAACACUGCUGGGUAGAGUACACUGUACAGCCCCAUGAAGUCCAGACUGAACUGAGCUGAACUGAACUGAGCUAAAAUGCAUUUCUACUGUAUGCUGCCUGCAGUCAGGGAAGCCUUCAGGAGGGGACAACGGGGUCAGUUGUUCUGGGCCCGGGGAGAAUUGGGGGCCCAGAAUUGGGUCCUCUUUACAUUUUU